CUGCUCCCACCGCGGAGACGCCUUGUUUUGUGUGUGAGGGUUUUGAGGGAUACGGGGAUUUCCGGCCAUGCCUACAUCUCGCGAGCUGAGGGGGUGGAGUGUUGCGGUUUUGUCCUUCCGCUUAGACCUGUCUGCAAUCAAUGUGAAUGGCUGGAGGUGGAAGAUGAUGUGAAAGGUCUGAGCGAUUGGACGGCGGCAAAGCCCCAGGGUCGCUGAGGAAUAGGAAGGCGAAGGAAAAGCAAGUAGAACGUUCACCAGGAGCAAAAAUCCAGGGACAGAGAGGAAGGCUACAUUGUGAAACACUGAGACAUAGCAACAUUAUAACUGGGCGAUAAUGUAACCGUUGAGACCCCCUCACAACGCCUGCAAGCAGCCAGCACAAGCUAACUUUCACAUAGCAGCACCGCGUUCUGUACUGGAAAACAUGACUGAAGAGGCUUCCGAGGUUCCCAAAGAGCUGCUCGACAGCGUCAGGGAUGUUAUUGGGAGGAAGAUUAAAAUCAUCUCUAAGAAGAAGGUGAAACUUGAAGUCAAAGGCGACAAGGUGGAAAAUAAAGUUCUGGUGCUGACAUCAUGCCGAGUUUUUCUGUUAGCAGCACGAAUCCCUACCAAGUUGGAACUCACUUUCAACUAUCUGGAGAUUCAAGGAAUAAGUUGCUGUAAACCUGGACAAUUGGUUGUAGAAACCGAUCGAUGCACUUUUCCUUUGAAACUAACUUCUUCAGAAGAAGUGAAUGAAGUAGUGGGGAACCUAGGAUCAUGCCUCAAGAAGAUGCUUCCGGGUGUGUCUCCAAUGAGGGUAAUGAAAAAAGUGACACUGGAACCUUCAGAUCGACUGUCAUCUGUGCAGGCAUUGUGGGAUAGUCAGAACAUUGCUGAACCAGGUCCUUGUGGUGGUUUCUCUCAGAUGUAUGCAUGUGUUUGUGACUGGCUUGGAUUACCAUAUAGGGAGGAAGUACAAUGGGAUGUGGAUACUAUUUAUCUUACACAAGACACCAGGGAACUGAACUUGCAAGAUUUCAGCCACCUUGACCACAGAGACUUAAUACCAAUUGUUGCUGCGCUGGAAUACAACCAAUGGUUCACAAAGCUCUCCUCUAAGGAUCUUAAACUGUCCACAGAUGUUUGUGAGCAAAUUCUACGAGUUGUUGGUAGAUCCACGCGUUUAGAGGAGCUAGUGCUGGAAAAUGGAGGACUCCGAACGGAUUUUGCACAGAAGUUAGCCAGUGCCCUUGCUCACAAUCCGAACUCAGGACUUCAUACAAUCAAUCUUGCCAACAAUGCACUGGAGGACAGAGGUAUGUCUUCUCUGAGCAGCCAAUUUGCCAAAAUUCCAAAGGGAUUGAAGCAUUUAAACAUGUCUAAAACCUCUCUGUCACCUAAAGGAGUGAACAGCCUUGCCCAAUCAUUGAGUGCCAACCAACAAAUUCCUAACUCGCUCACACAUCUUGACCUUUCAGGGAACUUCCUCCGAGGAGAUGACCUAUCGAAUUUGUACAGUUUUCUGGCCCAACCAAAUGCUCUUGUUCACCUUGAUUUGUCGAACACUGACUGUGCGUUAGAUAUGGUGUGCGCAGCACUUCUGCGUGGCUGUUGUCAACAGCUGGCAUUUCUUCAUCUGUCUAAGAGCAUCUUCUCUCACAGGGCACUUUUACUUGGGCUUUCUUGCAAUCCUCAUCUAAAGGAUGUUUCUCUUGACCUGAGCAGUUGUGAGCUAAGGUCAGGUGGGGCUCAGAUUUUAGAAGGUUGCAUUGCAGAAGUCCAUAAUAUAUCAAAACUGGAUAUUUCAGACAAUGGUUUAGACUCCGAUCUUGCUACUCUUGUAGUGUGGAUGGGCAAGAAUAGGUCAAUUCGCCAUCUAGCCUUAGGCAAAAAUUUCAACAAUAUAAAGUCCAAGAAUCUUGCACCGGUGCUUGAUAACAUUGUACAGAUGAUUCAAGAUGAAGAAUCACCCCUACAGUCACUAUCGCUAGCAGAUUCAAAGCUUAAGACUGAACUAACAAUAAUAAUUAAUGCUUUGGGGAGCAAUUCUACUUUGACGAAGGUGGACAUCAGUGGGAAUGGAAUGGGAGACAUUGGCGCUAAGAUGCUUGGGAAGGCCUUACAGAUCAACACAAAACUCAGGACAGUAAUUUGGGACAAGAAUAACAUAACUGCACAGGGUUUUCAGGAUAUUGCUGUGGCUUUGGAAAAGAAUUAUACGCUAAGGUUUAUGCCUGUUCCCGUCAAUGAUGCGUCACAGGCAUUGAAGGCCAACCCAGAAAAAACUGAGGAAGCACUGCAAAAGAUUGAGAAUUACCUGUUGCGAAACCAUGAGACCAGGAAGUAUCUGCAGGAACAGGCAUACAGGUUACAACAGGGCAUCGUGACCAGCACCACACAACAGAUGAUUGACAGGAUGUGUGUAAAGGUGCAGGAUCACCUCAACUCAUUGAGAUAUUCAGAUAUAGAUGCUGUUCAAGAGGACGUGCGACUAGCUGAAAACCUGAUGCGUGAUGCCAAAAAUUCCAAAACGCUAUUGCCAAGUCUUUAUCAUCUGCGAGGAGCUUCUUGGGCAGCAGGAAUCACUAGCUCAUCAAAUCCCAUUCAGGAAAAACUGGAAUCCAUGGCUGGGGAGGUCACUCAGGUCGUAGAGGAACAGCUCAAGACUAUGUUGGAGUCCAUGGUGGAUGCGGCUGAGGGACUGUGUCCUCAUGUGAUGAGAAAAGUCCAUCUACGCCAGGAUUUAAUAGAGGCCAGCACAGAGAAAGUCUCCAUUCCCCGGACAUUUGUCAAAAAUGUUCUACUUGAGCAAUCAGGCAUCGAUAUUCUGAACAAAAUUAGUGAGGUCAAGCUAACUGUGGCAUCGUUUCUGUCUGACCAUAUUGUAGAUGAAAUUUUAGAAGCACUUUCAAGCUCGCAACAUAAACUGGCCAACCAUUUAACAAAGCGUGGAAAGCCACUACCACGCCAGGAAUCCACAGAAAUAGAGGUAUUGGAGGAGAAACCUACAAAGCGUCUUGCUGUCACUCCUGAGGAACUGACCGAAUUGGAGAGGCUGGAAGAGCUUGACACCUGUAUGAUGACUCCCAAGUCGAAGAGGAAAAGUAUCCACAGUAGAAUGCUCCGCCCUGUUUCCAGAGCAUUUGAAAUGGAGUUUGACUUGGAUAGGGCCCUGGAGGAGAUCCCAGUCCAUUUUGACGAGUCAACUCCUGUUUCAAGUAUCUACAGCAAGCAAGAACGGUCAUCACGGCCCAGCAGUAUGAUGACUGAACUACCCUCAGAAGAGGUAAAGAAACUGGAGCAUUAUACAAAAUCGAGACCCAAGAGGAACAAGAAGUUACCACCCAGCAAGACAGCUCUUUCCACAGCAGAUUCCCAGGAGGGUGAACAGAAUGGCCUUAUGAGUAGAAUUGAUGAGGGGGUGGAUGAAUUUUUCACCAAGAAGGUAACACGAAUGGAGUCAAAGAGACUCUCGCUGAGAAGCUCAGAGUCCCUGGAUUCUGGUGAUCCAGAUGAUAAAAAGAAGAAGGACUCCAAAAAAUCAAGUUUCCUAAAUUUAAUCAAAUCUCGGUCCAGUAAAACUGAACGGCCACAGACAGUGAUUGUUCCAGAAGAGCCAGCGUCGCCCAAAGGAGUUAUGAAAAGUCCAGCUACAGACCUAACUAGGAGGGACUCCAAGCAGGUGGAACAAAAUGGCAGCACGGAAAAUUCAGACGAGCACAAAAUGCCUGAUUCUGUGGAUGUAGUGUUUGAGGAUUCUGGGAAGAGUGAGAGGUUGGACAGCAAGAGCAGCCCACAAGGUGGACGUUGGUAUGGGGUGCAAGUUAUGGGCAGUGGACUCCUGGCUGAAUUUAAGGCUAAACAAGAAAAGCGGGCUGCUGUACAAAAGAAACUUGAAAAUGAAUCUGGAAGCAAGGAGUUGUAUGAAAAUACAUCAAGUGCAGACCGACUAGAUGAAACUGGUAGAGCCAAGAACCAGCAAAUCCAAAAAGGAGAUUCCAGUCUGACUUCACCGGAGAAACUUACAAAACCCGAACCAAAGACUGAAACAAUGAAACCGAAAAGUUCCUCCUCCACACCUACCAGUCCAAAAACACCACCUCAAAUUCUCAAGCCCAGCAAUGUGGGGCGACCUAGUAUUCCGCAGAAACCUAGGCCCAGCUGGAGCACAGAGGAAGCCCCAGAAUCACCAUCUGGUCACUCUUCCCCCAAAAUUGCUCUGGUUCCACCUGUUCUAAGGAGAAUGCCAUCAGAAAAAGAUGGACAGAACAGUCCUCCUUUCAGUGGGCCUAGCAGCUGGUCAUCUUCACAUGAAGUAGAGCUAUUUGGACUUGAUAGUAGAGCUGACACAGAACAUGAUUCUGAAAUGGCAAAAAAUGGAGCACGUGUCAAAAGAACACUGAGGCAAUCAUCAACUGGCGCAGUGAAUGAUGCAAGCGAGAUUGAGCGCAAGAAAUCGCAGCCAAUAACUGUACGCCAAAGUUCUGUGUCAGAAACAAGUUCCAGGCAAAGCCCACGCUCUGAUGAUGGCAAACCAGGCCGGUUUUCAGAAGAUCAAGAAUUGCGAGGAAAGGAAAAGAUGCCCAAGAGUGAGCGGCAGCAUUCAAAAGUGGAGGGAAAGAAUGGCAGCAAGUCCAGUGAUUCUGGAGAGGAAGGAGACAAAGACUACAUAUUUGUAUAGAGGUUUUUGGAUUAGGUGGUUGCGCAGCACAAGAGCACACAGUAAUACAAGUAUUCAGGGUGUAAAGAUGAUCUGAGAUGUUUCUAUUCACCAGCAGCCAUCAAAUUAAAAAUCAUUAAAAUUGGAAAAUUCCUGCUUCGAAAACAAUCUUUUUUUCUUUUAAAAGAAAAGCUUGGUUCUUUAAAAGAUUGUUUGUUUGUUUGUUUGUUUGUUUGUUUAUUACAUUUAUUUGCUGCAUGCACAGUAUUUUUCUCUUAUCCCGGUGAUUCCUAUCUUUUCCUUCUUCAAUCUUCCCUGCUUCCCACUUCUGACAAAUCGACAUUUCUUUUUUUUUUAUAAUUUUGCUACCAUGCCUGCGAAUGUUGGCAAUUUUUCUCAUAUACCGGAAUUCUGUUAAACAGCUGCCAUGGGAAUACAUGCCUUGUACAAAGACAUUGUAAACCAAGCAACCAAACUGGAAACUUUUUAAGGUCAGCUUCUGUACAAUGAACAGCAAGCUUACGGAUGUACUCCUGUGUGCUUAUUUGUGUGUCGGAUGUGCACACAAGAUAUAAUCCUGUAUGCAAUUGAGUAAAAUAAUGAUACUAACUGAGCACAGUAAAGGAAUAAAUUUGUAUAAUUUAUUAUAAAUAAAAAAGAAGCUUGGAUAAAUGUUUGUAGUCAUCUAACAAGGCAUAUUUUGGCCUCCAGGUGUACAGAUACUCCAUUUCAGAUUAUUAAAUCUUUUUUCACAAACAUUGCCAUAAGCACAAUGAGCAAGAACAUGUGGGGUGGUGGGUCCAUCAUGUGGGGUGUAACUUUUAGCAGUUUCAUGCUAAUGGACUGUUGGAACUGGGAAGUUUAUUUUUUAUGUUAAUCAUUAGGCUAACUGAUGAUCUGUUUACCUACCUGCUUUUACAUCUGAAAUGAUUUAAUCGUUAUACCUUCCAGUGGUGCAUAAUGCUCACUGUAAGUUAGUUCCAGUGUAGAGGGGAUUUCUUUCUGUAUAUAUUUGUACCAAUAAAGAGAAUGAUUCUAC